AUGCAUUGUUUUACUACCAUUUACAUCCAAUAAUCUUUGCUGGGUUAAAUCUUCAUCAUUGUUCAAGUGCUACAUCAUCUCCUCCAAACUCAAAAACUUACAUCACAUCCAUAUCAACAUGCUGAAUAGAGAAUCACUAAAAUCUCAAACAUACCAAUAAUAUAGUCCAAACAACAUAAUUAGUUGAAUAACACUCUCUUAUUGCAUAAAACAUUCAAUAAUGUUUUCCUGUCAAUUGAAAAAUGAAUAGCAUUAGUAACCCAAUUCUGCAAAAACUGAGACUAAAAAAUCCCAAACUAGUUCUACUAUCACAAUGCUCCAAUAUUCAAGACCUCAAAAUAAUCCAUGCCCACAUGCUAAGAACCCAUUUUUUCUUCGACACAUUUGCAUCAAGUCGCAUCAUUGCUUUCUGCAUAGACAAACCCAAUUUCCUAACUUACGCCAUCAAAGUUUUCUCCCAAAUUUACAAUCCCAAUAUCUUCAUUUUCAAUGCUUUGAUCCGUGGUUGUUCGACCAGCGAAAACCCAGAAAAUUCCUUUCAUUAUUACAUUCAAUCUCAACGCAUUGGUCUCUUACCUGAUAAUAUUACACACCCUUUUUUGGUUAAAGCAUGUUCCAAAAUUGAGUCUUUAAAAAUGGGUAUGCAAGUUCAUGGUCAAAUAAUUAAACAUGGGUUUGAACUUGAUUUUUAUGUUCAACACGCUCUUGUUUAUAUGUAUGCUUCUUUGGGUGAUUUAAUGGCUGCAAUGUUCAUUUUUAAGAGGAUGGGCCGAUUUGAUGUUGCUUCAUGGACUUGUAUGAUUGCUGGUUAUCAUAAAUUUGGUGAUGUUGAAUCUGCACGUGAACUGUUUGAUAAAAUGCCUGAUAGGAAUUUGGUGACUUGGAGUACUAUGAUUAGCGGUUAUGCGCGGAACAAUCGAUUUGAUAAAGCCGUUGAAAUGUUUGGGAUUCUUCAAGAUGAAGGGGUGGUUGCUAAUGAAGUUGUUAUGGUUGGUGUGAUCUCCUCUUGUGCUCAUUUAGGUGCUCUUGCAGUUGGUGAGAAAGCUCAUGAGUAUGUGAUGAGAAAUGGUUUGGCUUUGAAUGUGAUUCUUGGAACAGCUAUUGUUGACAUGUAUGCAAGAUGUGGGGAUGUUGAGAAAGCUAUUCGGGUUUUCAAGGGAUUGGAAGAAAAGGAUGUACUUUGUUGGACAGCUUUGAUUUCUGGACUAGCCAUGCAUGGUUAUGCAAUGAAAGCACUUGAGUAUUUUUCUGAAAUGGAGAAAAAUGGGAUAUUUCCUAGAGAUAUUACAUUUACUGCAGUGUUGAAAGCUUGUAGUCAUGGAGGGCUAGUAGAAAAGGGUCUAGAAAUAUUCGAAAGCAUGAAAAGAGAUCAUGGGGUAGAGCCGCGAUUGGAGCAUUUUGGAUGUAUGGUUGAUCUUCUUGGAAGAGCAGGAAAGUUGGAAGAAGCAGAAAAAUUUAUUCAUGAAAUGCCUGUGAAACCAAAUGCUCCAAUAUGGGGAGCAUUGCUAGGAGCUUGCAGGAUUCAUAGAAAUGUUGAAGUUGGAGAAAGGGUUGGAAAGAUUUUGAUACAGAUGAAACCGGAACACAGCGGUUACUAUGUGUUGUUGUCGAACAUAUACGCGCGCACAAACAAGUGGAAAGAUGUUACUGUCAUGAGAAGAUUGAUGAAGGAAAAAGGGGUUAGAAAACCACCUGGAUACAGUCUCAUUGAGAUAGAUGGAAAAGUUCAUGAGUUUACAAUUGGAGAUAAAACACAUCCAGAAAUAGAUAAAAUAGAAAGGAUGUGGGAAGUUAUACUACAAAAAAUAAAGGUAGCAGGAUACAUUGGAAAUACUGGUGAGGCAUUGUUUGACAUAGAUGAAGAGGAGAAAGAAGAUGCACUUCACAGGCAUAGUGAGAAACUGGCUAUUGCCUAUGGUAUUAUGAAGAUCCGAGGUCCUACACCUAUUAGGAUUGUGAAAAACUUGCGUGUCUGUGAAGAAUGUCACACAGCUACGAAGUUUAUCUCACAGGUUUUUGAAGUAGAGUUAAUUGUGAGAGAUAGAAAUAGGUUCCAUCAUUUUAGAAAAGGUGCGUGUUCUUGUAUGGAUUACUGGUAAGAAAGCUAAUAGCACCUCCGAAGGUGCAAUCCACCGUGAGAGUCUUAAGUGGGUCAACACUAUCAGCCUCAACUACCUUGUUCAAGUCCAUUACAAAUUGUCUUACCACUUAACUGCAGGGUUUUCUUCAAUUUGAACAUAUUCAUCUAUACUGUCAACGUGUGAUCCAUAUAAUAUAUGAAUAGUCGUAGUGCAUUUCUUCAAUGAUGAAAGAUCUAUUUUAUUAGUUGUAGCGAUCUUCAUAUGAAAAUACGCACCAUAAUUUUUAAAUGUAAUUACAUUUUGGAGAAAUACAUGUCUAUGUCUUCGAAACCUCUUUGAAAUAUUUGUGAAUAGGAAGUUUUUAGAGUAGUCAUUAAACA